AUGGAUCAAAGGCAGGCAAUGAAUGCACCUGCUAAAAUGUCUGUGCCUCAGUUUGGAGGGUGGGACCAAAAGGCUCCAGGAGCUACCGACUAUUCGAUGGUGUUUGCUCAGGCUCGCACUAAUAAAAAGAACCAGAAAUCUGACCUUACUGAAGUUAAGCGUACUAGCCUCGUGAAUGAACCGGACGCCACCAAAGCUAAUCAAGGUCAUCACGCUCGUCCUGCUUCUGCUCCUGCUAAUGGUCAUCGCGCUCGUCCUGCUCAUGGUCAUCACGCUCGUCCUGCUCAUGGUCAAGCCCGUUCGCAAGUUAAUGCUGAUGCUCGCACUCCAGAAGAUCCUGUUGUAGUCAUGGUGAGACCAUUUUCUUUAUUUCCUGUUUCGGUUGCAUGA